UAUGGCAAUAUUUUCCCCAAAAAAAAAAAAACACAUUAUGGUGAGGACCGAAUUAUUCUUCCAGAGCCAUCCCUCGCCUCUCAUUUUAUUAACGAAACUACCCUUGUAUGAAUCCGGUGUUAGUGUCGUCGAUUAUUGGAAUUGGAUUUGGAGGGAGAAGGGAUCGGUACAUAUACGUACUCAGAUAACGGUCAAUAUCACCUUUGACCGUCACCGGCUCUGCCGGUAUCCAUUUUGAUCAUCGCCGAGUUUUUCAUUAAUCGCCGAUUCGGUCGAGGGGUGUAUUCUGACAGUUAGACAGCAUUUUUCACUCAGUUUCUCGGAAAAAGGCCUUCCCAUUCUCUCUCUUCUCUUCUUCUAGCUGUCUAGUCUGGUUUUGCAGAUUUCUAUUUUUUUGGCUCUUGAGGGAAAGGGGGGAGAGAGAGAGAGAGAGAGAGAGAGAGAGAGAGAAGAAAGCGCGUCACGGACCUGUGAAUGGAGUACCGGACCUCCUCUGUGACUGUCUCGAAGAAGCUAUCGAACGGCCAUAGUUUCUCCGGUAAAUCCAUGUACGACGGCGUUUUCGCUGCUCCGUCGAAGUUUGGGGUUCCGACUUUCUCUUCCCGAGUUGAAGACUACAGCGAGAUUUUCGGUGGCUCUGGAGCUUCUCGAGGCUCAUCGAUUCCCAUUCUUGAAAUUCCAGAGCUUAAUGAACGAAAAAUUGCGGUCGAUGUUGGAACCUCAAAGCUUGAUUACUCGAAGAUAUUCGGUGGCUUCGGAGAUUCAGACUUUGCAGUGCCUUAUGAGGAGCUUCAAACCGAGCAGAAUAAAAGGGAAAUAUUCGCUGACGAACCACUGAAUCCUGAUCUAUCUGAGAGAUUACCCUGUACAAAAGACGCAGAUACUUGUUCAGAAGAAAAUCAUGCUUUGGCACGGGAGGCAUCUUGUCAAUCGUUUAAUGGUGUCAAGAAGUUCAGCGUGUCGUACCAAAAGACAAACAACGGAAAUGAAAACGGCUUUAACGGAACAACACACAUAGCUCAACUCCAUGCUGUUCCGGGUUACACUUGUUUAAUUGAUGAAGUUACUCCCUCACGCAUGACUAAAGGUGAUAACCCUGUAUCCUCUGUUGUCAAUGGUGCCUGCCCUGGCCCUAAGGAUAAUAUCUUUGUAGGAAAAAUGGAAGGCAACGAUGUCAGAAAAGCCAAAACAGAUCUUCCAUCAGGUGGCACAGCUGGCACGGAGACUUCUAAGGGCAAUGUUGAAUUUCAAAAUAAGUCUAAUCGUUCUAGAUCAAAUUCAAUGGAUGAAUUAUUUGAUGCAUGUGAAGUUGGCAAUGGGAUUCGUCAUCCAAAAGUGCGGCCAUCUUCAAGCUUUCCGUCUAACUAUGGUAAUAAUUAUGAUGGUUCAAGGAAAUCAAUGGCUUCAAAGUUUUGGAGUUUUAAGAUUGAUGCUUCAGAAGGUUCUGCCAGUGAUUAUUCACUGCCACUCUUUGAUGAGGAAGUGGACACAAAUUCAGUUGCUGCCACCUCUAUGGCUGCUUUGAAGAAGGCAAUAGAGGAGGCUCAAGCAAGAAUGAAAAUUGCAAAAGUAUCCAUGGAAAGAAAGAAGUCCGGUAUUCAAAGUCGAGUGAAAGUGGGUUUUGGUGAUGGACUCAAGGAUGAGGAGAGAAAGGAGGUUAAAGUUGCAGAGAAAGAAAACGGAUCUAAGAAAAAAAUGACUUGUGAUACAUGUGAAGAACAGGAGGUUCCACUGCACAUUUCUGUUGGGACAGGAAAGCAAAAUACAACCAGUCCAGGCCAAGUAAUUACUGACUUUGAAGUUCAAGAAAAAAUUUUAAAAAGUGGCAAAGAAGCUGAUAGUGAAGCAAUGAAGGAGUUUAGAUCAAUUCAAGCAGACCAUAGGCAGGAAGAUGCAGAUAUUUUUGAAGAGUCAGAACAAUUUUAUGAAGUUUUUAAAGAAGCUGACGAGGAAAUUGGUAAUGAGUUUAGCUUUAGUCAUGAAAAUUAUAAGCAGGAAGAAGCUGAUACAUUUGAAGAAGAAGAGCAAUUUUAUGAAGUUACCAACACAGGUAAUCAAUGGGAUACAUUUUUGGAGUUUGAAGAAGAAAAAGAUGCUAAAAAGGCAAUGCAAUUUGUGGAUACAGAGGAAUGGAAGGAGAAAAAAAUUGCCAAGGAAGUUUUUGAUCAGCCUGAAAAAGGUGGUGAGAGGCUAAAACCAACUGAAGGGGAAGGUAACCUUGAGGAAAUGGAGAACUAUUUCAAGGAACUAGAUACUGUUAAACUGGCAUCUGACUGUGAAAAGUAUGGUCGCAGAUUAGCAGCAGGUGUGAAUGUUUUUGAUCAGGUAGAAAGUGAGGAGAGACUAAAAGUUGCUUACAUGCAGGGAGAAACUGAAAAGAAAGUGCAAGCAUUCUGUGAAGACGAUGAAUGUCAAAAGGAACAUAAAGAACUUCAGGAACCUAUAAAAGAUGAGAAAAUACUUGGAAAUCUGGAAGCAAAGGAUGUUGAACUUUUAGAGAGACAACCAGUAGUUUGGGAGUCGGUUGAAAAUAAGAAUAAAGGAGAGGAGACUUCCAAGCAGGAAGAACUUGAGAGGGAACUAAAAGAUGCCCAUGAGAGGAGGUUCAACAAAGCUAGCAAGCAGGAUACCUUUGUGGGGAGACUUGACGAUUUCAAUCAGAGGGAAGAUAUUGAGAAGAGACUUAUAUAUGAGAGCCAUUUAGAAAAGGAAGAAGAGUUUCAACAGGUUGUAGAAGAUGAGAAGAUAGUUGAAGUGGAUGCUUAUCAAGACGAAGAAAAUGAGAAGACAUUUAAAGUGGAUGUUCAUCAGGAGGACGAAAUUGAGGAGAUAAUUAAAUUGGACGUUUAUCAAGAGGAAGAAAAUGGGAAGAUACAAGAAAAUAUGUGUGAAUUGGUAGAAGCUGGAGGGUUAGAAGAAACAAAGAUCGAGCCAAGUGCAGGAGAUGGAAAACUAAAAGUGACUAAUGAGGAUCUUAGGAACCAGGAGAACAAUAUUGAGGAAGAUGACAAUCUUUGUAAGCACGAUGAAAGAGACAACCUAAAUAAAAUUCAAAAGCCCACUGUAAGCAUAGAAAACAAGCAAGGUAUAGAAGGAAGCAUGGAGAUACCUGCAUGUGAAGAAAGAGGGAGCCUAACAGAAGUAACUGAAGUUUUGUUGGAUCCGGAGGAAAAUAGAAAGGAGUUGGAAUUAAUUGAAGAGUAUAAUGACAUGGUAGAGAGGGAGAUGCUGGAAACAGAUUGCUUGGUUCGUGGUUUCAAACUCACCAACAUAAUCCCAAUGGAAGAUGUGAUAAAGAUCAACUUUUUGAGUAAUUAUGGAAUAAAUUUAGAUGUAGCUGGUAUGGGCUUCGUGCAAAAGCAACAUGACCAACAAACCAGAGAUUUUGAUAUUGUCUGCAAUUCGGGGAAGCAAGUUGAAAGUUCGGUUCCUGAAUUGGAAAAAAUGAAUGAGGAUGUCAAGGAAACUGAAGUUUCUAUGAAUCAUGCAGAUGAAGAAACUGAAUCCAAGUGUUUUGAGGAGGAAAGAUGGGUUGAAGACGGGAUUAAUAUUGGGGCAGCUCAGCAUGACCAAGAAACCAGAGAUUUUGAAAAUGUCUGCAAUUUGGGGAAGUCUGUCGAAAGUUUGGUUCCUGAAUUGGAAAAAAUGAAUGAGGAUGUCAAGGAAACUGAAGUUUCUAUGAAUCAUGCAGAUGAAGAGAAUGAAACCAAGUGUUUUGAGGAGGAAAGAUGGGUUGAAAAUGGAAUUAAUAUUGCAGCAGCUCAGUUUUAUGAAAUUUCUGAAGUUGAGGAGGAAAAUGUGGGACUAGAUCAGGAGAUAAAAACAAGCCUAUAUGCAGAAAAAGAUCACGAGAAUAAUCAAGAAACCCUGACAGAUGAAAGUGCUGAAAUGUAUGUGGAGAAUUAUCAAGAAACCCUUACAAGCCUAAAUGCAGAAAAGGAGGAGAAACAUUAUGGAACCCUGCCAAACCAAGAUACUCAACACCAUGACCAAAAUCAUCAAGAAACCCAAAAAAGUCAAAGGACAGAAACGAAGGAGGAGAAUCAGCCAGAAACCCUGAAUUUGGAAGAAGGUGAAACUAAUGAAACUUUGCAGAAAGAAGAGGAGCUGGAGAAGGAACAACUUAAAAAAAUAGAUCAAGCAAAAGAAAGGGAAAGAGAGAAAGAAAGAAUAGCUGUUGAAAGAGCAAUCCGUGAAGCUCGUGAAAGGGCAUUUGCUGAAGCCAAAGAAAGAGCUGCUGCAGAGAGAGCAGCUGCUGAAGCUCGUCGAAGGCUCUUGGCUGCUGAGGCCCGGGAAAGAUUUGGAAAAGAUCCUGUAGAGGCUAAUGAUAAGUCAUUAGCUGACAAGGCUAAGGAAGCCAAACGUAAUGCUGAACGUGCUGCUGUGGAAAGAGCAUUAGCAGAGGCUCGGGUGCGUGCCCUAGAAAAAGCUAUGUCCGGCAAGGCUGCAUCAGAGACAAGAAAGCAAACUGAAAGGUUUGCUUCUGAGAAAGUUUCUGGAGACCCAUCCCCUUCAAGCACCUCAAGUGUCCCAAAUUCUUUAAAUCAUGGUGCUCCUUACUCGACUGAGAGAUUUGAUCAAGUUAAUGGUGAAUCAGCUCAGAGGUGUAAAGCAAGGUUGGAGAGGCAUCAAAGAACAGCAGAACGAGCAGCAAAAGCUCUUGCAGAAAAGAAUAUGCGUGAUCUUCUUGCUCAGAAAGAGCAGGCAGAAAGAAAUAGACUAGCUGAAGUUCUUGAUGCUGAGAUCAAAAGGUGGUCUGGUGGGAAGGAGGGAAAUUUACGUGCAUUGCUUUCAACGCUACAAUAUAUCCUUGGACCAGAUAGUGGUUGGCAGCCAGUUCCCCUAACAGAUAUCAUUACGAGUAUUGCAGUGAAGAAAGCUUAUCGUAAAGCUACACUUUUUGUUCAUCCUGACAAAAUGCAGCAAAGAGGUGCAAGCAUUCAGCAGAAAUACACUUGCGAAAAGGUUUUUGAUCUCCUGAAGGAGGCUUGGAACAGAUUCAACAUGGAAGAACGGUAGAUAGACUAUUGAAUUUGGAAAAUGGUAAUAUCGAGAGCAAAUUUAUGUCACUUUGUUGAAUUUUAUUCAAGUGCUAUAGGUACAAAUUUUGUAGGCAUUCUUUGACUCAUUUGUGCAGUUUUAGAGUAAAGGCUGUAACGACAUAGAACUGGCGUUGGACAGAAGCUUAUUUGAGUAGUAAUGAUGAAUCCUGAUAGUGCACCAGGUUAAUCUGUGUAUGAAACCAUGUUUAACUUGAAUGGAAGAGACGAAACGAUAGUUAAUA